UAAAAGAACAUCCCUCUAAAAUCUAAGCACUGAAAUCGCUGUAAAACAGCGGAAAUCUUCCAGGAAGGUUGCACACAAAAGAGCAAGAAGGAGGGAAGAGAGAGAAAAUUAUUAUUCACAAAAUAGAAUUCCCCCAUUUCGCAAUCUUCCUCUCCUCCCUCCUUCUUCUUCAACCUCUAAUUAUCAUUCAUAAUAAUAAUAAUAAUAUAAUUUUAUUUUUAUUUUUGUUGAUAAUUGUUGGUUUCUAUUUUCCCGUACCAUUAUGAUAACAAAAUCACAAGGGUUGAUUAAAUGAAUUUGCCACGGUGGCCAUUUUCUUCUAAUUCAAGUUCUAAUUCUAAUUCGAAUUCUACGUCACCGACGCCGAGUAAUCGCCGAUUAACCAGAGCUAAGCAGCUCCGUCAUCUCCGUGACUGCGACCUUGGUUACCUUGAUUUCUUCCUCGGCCACCGUAAUCGUCACCGUCACGGUGACGACGACGAUUUAUUGCGCAUUGCUUCUUCUCCGCCUUCUCAGCCGCUUCCCCUCCCGGAGCUUGUUUCCGUCGAAGACAAAUCGAAAUUCAAAUCAAAAUCAAAGUCAAAAUCAAAGCGAGGUGGCGUUUGUGAGAAUUUCAGGUUACCGUCUCCAACAGAAGUUUCCAAAGAGAAAGAAUCACCAUUUGACAAUAAGAUCAAUGCUAGUAAGGUAACACCCCAAGAUGAUCGGAGAGGAAUUGUUAUUGAUGAUCAAAGAAGGGUUAGUGCACGGCGAGGAGUUGAAGUGCAAGCGUUAACUGAUCCUCGAUGUAGUGUGCAGAGUGCGGAAACCUGGCCGUGGAAUGUGCCUCGAAAGAUACAGGAUGCACAUCAAACUCAAGAGAAUUUUAGCAUAGACAGACUGAGUUCGAGUUCCAGUCCCAUGUAUAGCCCACGAAGGGUGCUUAAUGGAGAUCCACUUUUCAUGUAUCCGCACCAGGAAACCACACGUUGGUCUGAACCAGCCAUGUCAACAGGUUUCCCAUAUGCAGGGCUACCAGAUAGCAAUAUGGUUAGCCGUGAUAGUCUUUUGAUUAAAAGUCCAUUAAUGAGGAGCCCUAGACCACCCCGAAAGAGCAUCAGUGGACCCCCAUCACCGCUGCAUCCCAGAUUAUCUGUUGAAAUCUAUUCCCCACAUCAUGAUAGCAGUGUCCAUCCAUUACCUCGUCCUCCCACACAUUCCUUCUCAGUGCCGGUCUCUCCUGUUCGUCAAGUCAACUCAAGGCCGGAAUUCUUGCCCAUGAAAAGUCAAUGGACAAAAGGGAAGCUUAUUGGACGUGGUACAUUCGGAAGUGUGUAUGCAGCAACUAACCGAGAAACAGGAGCUUUGUGUGCCAUGAAAGAAGUAGACAUAAUUCCUGAUGAUCCAAAGUCUGCUGAGUGUAUGAGGCAACUUGAAAAGGAGAUUGAAGUCCUGAGCCAGCUAAAGCAUCCAAAUAUUGUGCAAUAUUAUGGCAGUGAGAUAGUGGAUGAUAAGUUUUACAUAUAUUUGGAGUAUGUUUAUCCUGGUUCUAUCAAUAAAUACAUCCGUGAACGUUGUGGAGCUAUCACAGAAGCAGUUGUCCGCAAUUUCACUCGUCAUAUAUUAUCUGGAUUGGCUUACUUGCACGGCAGGAAGACAAUACACAGGGACAUCAAAGGGGCAAACUUACUUGUUGAUGCAUCUGGAGUCGUCAAGCUUGCAGAUUUUGGGAUGGCAAAACCGCUUACUGAACAAUCAGCUGUCCUCUCUCUAAAGGGGAGCCCGUAUUGGAUGGCUCCAGAGCUCAUGCUAUCUGUGGCACAGAACGAUAGUAGUUAUGAUCUGGCUUUUGCUGUUGAUAUUUGGAGUUUGGGUUGCACCAUCAUUGAAAUGCUGACCGGCAAGCCCCCAUGGAGUGAAUUUGAAGGGGCUGCGGCCAUGUUCAAGGUCUUGAAAGAAUCUCCACCCAUUCCCGAAACAUUGUCACCCGAAGGAAAGGACUUUUUACAUUAUUGCUUUCAACGCGACCCUGCAGACAGACCACCUGCUAUUAAGCUGUUGGACCAUCCAUUCUUGAGAACCUCUCAGCAAAAGGAGUUUUCAUCUUUCCGCGUAGCACCAGAUCUUAUGAUUCCCAUGGAUAAAGUAGCUCAUAGUCCAAGAGAGAUACCUGGUCACAAUCUUGAAAAAGUUUUAAUGUCCCAAAGAAGAUGGACUGCAAAUGGAAGAGGCUACAUUUAGUAAGACAUUCCCUUCUGCAUUGGCCCUGAUCUUGACUGAUAUCUACUUUACUGCAUUGCAAUCCCAUGCAAAUAAAGAAAGUAGCCUACUUGGUGAUCCGUCGCAUCUUAAAACUUCUGACGUGGCGGUGGCCUUUAAUUUCAUCUUAAAACUUGUGACGUGGCAGUGGCCUUUUUUUCAUUCACCACGAUCUAUUUUUGAGCUGGGUAUAACUCAUCACCUCUACAAUCGGGUACCCAAAACUUCCGGUUUGCAGAUGUCAAACCCUAAAGGGUGUGAUUUCGAGUGCAAAUUCUGGAAAUGGGGGUUUGGUUGGGGUUCUGAGAGAUAUCGUAUGCAAACACGUACCGCUGCAUGAUGGUUUGAACUUCCCUUUGCACCUACGCGGAGUUGCCAUAGCUGUUGAUCGCAGUGUUCUUGACCGCUGUCUGUAUUCUGAGUAAACCUGUUAAAAAAGUAUGUCCAAGAAGCUGUCAAGGUUAAGUGCAAGUUGCAACUUCAACUUCUCAAGAUGCUAAUUUUAUGUAGCAACAACAUCAAAAUAUGAUCAUGAUGCUUCUGUACUCUGUAGUUUGUACAUAUUUAUUUUUUCCAGCCAUUUUCUGUAAAGGGUUGAGUUGAUUAUACUCUGUAAGUCCGUAUAGUUUUACACAUUUUAUUUUUUGUUUAUUACCCCAUACAAGCUUAGCUUCCAGAAGCUGUAAAAUUUGUUACAGUAAUGAUUUUGAUAUGUUAUACACACUGAUACCAAUUAUAAAUAUAUUUAAUGUGAUUAGUUAUCUCAA